GUUUUGUCACAGUAAAAUCGUUUUCAUCUCCUUAGAUUCAGAGAUCGUAAAAGGCACGCGGUGCGGUUUUCUUGACCGAUCACCUAAGCAAAUGGUUCUCAUGUUUUUCAUCUGGUCAUAACUUUAAACCGAGUAAAAUUUCCCUAUCAAGGUUUUUGACGUGUGACAUCUGCUACAUUGGCAGCAGAAUAACUUUUUAAAGUUCUCCGGUAUUGGUUUCUGCAGGUUUUAAAGUCUAACUUGUAGUCCUGAUCUCGUAGGCAAAACCAAGGCCACCAUUUGAAUCUUCUUUUUUCUGAAUUCUACUCAUAUUUUAGUAUCUACUUCUUCUAAGAAGUCUGCCAUUAAUCUCUGCAUUUUGUUAGAGACUGUGAUAUGGAAACUAAUAGUAACAAGAACCCAGUUUCUUUCUUUCUUGCUUCAUUCAUCUUUCUUCUAUACUUUCUUCCUCAGUUUUGCCAUGCGGUUGACAGAAUCACGCCAGGCCAAACGAUAAGGGAUGGCGACACGUUGGUAUCCAGGGCUGAGAUUUUUGAACUGGGAUUCUUCAAUCCUGAAAACUCAACAUUCAUAUUUGUCGGGAUAUGGUACAGGAUUGAUGUGAAAGCAGUCGUAUGGGUUGCAAAUAGAGACAGACCAAUAUCUGGCAGAAGUGGAGUUUUGAGGAUCGGAGUUGAUGGUAACUUGGUUGUUCUGGAUGGAAACAACAAUUUAGUUUGGUCCUCUAAUGUUUCAGGCUUAUCAAACAACACUACAGCAGUUCUCUGGGAUACGGGAAAUUUUGUUCUAUCGAGCAAUGAAAGUGUUGAUGAUACCCACUGGGAGAGCUUCGACAAUCCAACUGAUACAUUUCUGCCUGGAAUGAGAGUUCCAGUGAAUUCUGCAAUCGGAGAGUACCCUGCUUUCCAUGCAUGGAAAUCAGCCAGUGAUCCUUCUCCAGGAAACUACAGUAUGGGUGUUGAUCCUCAUGGAGGACCACAGAUAGUAAUAUGGGAUCACGGGAGAAGGCGAUGGAGAAGUGGACAGUGGAAUGGAGUGAUUUUUACAGGUGUCCCCAAUAUGAGUAGUAUUGCUAGUUUUUUGUAUGGCUUUAAGCUUUCUCAGCUUGAUGAAAAUAGGACCCAGUAUUUUACAUAUUAUCCACCGAAUCCUUCUAAUUUAUUGAGAUUUCGGAUAGGCUGGGAGGGAAGGGAGCAGCAGUUGAUGUGGGAUGAUGGCGAGAAGAAAUGGAAAGUUCUGCAACAACAGCCUGACCUUGCAAAUCAAUGUGAACUUUAUAAUCAUUGUGGGAAUUAUGCGACCUGUGACAACUUAAAUUCUCCAAAGUGCAACUGCUUAAAAGGGUUUAGACCAAAGCUUCAAGAUCAGUGGAAUAGAGGGAAUUGGUCAGGUGGGUGUGAACGGAGGACCGAACUGCAGUGCCAGAGGACUAAUGGUGCAGCAGGGGAAAACGGUAAACCAGAUGGCUUUAAGGGAUUGAAGUGCACGAAGUUACCCGAUUUGGCAAACUUAACGCUAUCCGCGGGGAACUCAGAGGCGUGUAGAACAAGCUGCUUGGGAAAUUGUUCAUGUAGGGCGUAUGCAUUUAUUUCUGGGAUUGGAUGCAUGACAUGGACAGUAGACUUGAUUGAUCUUCAGCAUUUCGACCAAAGUGGAAGUUUACAGUUCUUCCUGCGUCUCCAUCAUUCUGAAUUAGAUGGCAGGAGGAAAAUAUCCAUCCUUGUGAUUAUUAUAAUUACUGUGCUGGGGGCAUGCUUCUUGGUGGUGUCUCUAUGGCUACUAUGGAGAUACAGGAAUAAACUGAAAGGUUUGCCUGCAGUUUCAUCAAUGCCAUGUUGCAAGAACGAUGAUGUAGCAGUUUUUGAUGUGUCCAAGAGCAAAGAAUUUUCAGCAGAUCUUUCAGGACCAUCUGACAUCCUUAUAGAUGGGAAUCAAAUUAAUGGGCCAGAAUUACCAAUGUUUAGCUUUAGUUGUGUGGCAACUGCAACAGAGAACUUUUGUGUAGCAAACAAACUUGGGCAGGGGGGAUUUGGUGAUGUAUUCAAGGGAGAGCUUCCUGGAGGUCAAGAAAUAGCUGUAAAGAGGCUUUCAGGACAUUCCGGCCAAGGCUUAGAGGAGUUCAAAAAUGAGAUUAUCCUGAUUGCUAAACUGCAGCACAGAAAUCUUGUUAGACUCUUGGGCUGCUCCAUUCAAGGGGAAGAGAAGAUGCUGAUUUACGAGUACAUGCCCAAUAAAAGUUUGGACAACUUUCUUUUUGAUGAAGCCAAGCAAGCCCAGCUAGACUGGAGAACCCGCCUCAGCAUUAUUGAAGGCAUUGCAAGAGGACUCCUUUACCUCCAUCGAGAUUCAAGACUUAGAAUAAUUCAUAGAGACUUAAAGACUAGCAACAUUUUGUUGGAUGCAGAAAUGAAUCCAAAGAUCUCAGACUUUGGCAUGGCCAGAAUAUUUGGGGGUAACCAAAAUGAAGCAAAUACAGUUCGAGUAGUUGGCACAUAUGGAUAUAUGUCUCCUGAAUAUGCAAUGGAAGGACUAUUUUCAGUGAAGUCAGAUGUGUACAGCUUUGGGGUAUUAUUGCUUGAAAUUGUUAGUGGCCGGAGGAAUACUAGCGUUCGUUCAUCCCAACACACAAGUCUUAUCGGAUAUGCAUGGCAUCUUUGGAGUGAAGACAAAGCAAUGGAUCUCGUUGACCCUUCGAUUCAGGAUUCAUGCUCUCCAACUGAAGUGCUGAAAUGCAUACACAUAGGCAUGCUGUGUGUGCAGGAUAAUGCAAUGCACAGACCAACAAUGGCAGCCGUGGUGCUAAUGCUUGAGAGUGAAACUCCAACGCUUCCCAUGCCUAGACAACCCACAUACACUUCCAUGAGGAGUUCUAUAGAUGCAGAAUUCACUAUGGAUGGUCAAGAAAUUGUAUCUUCAAAUGAUGUCACGGUGACAAUGGUAGUUGGAAGAAUGAGCAGUUUCUAUGUCUGUGUUUUUUCCUUUUCUCUUUUACUCAAAUUGCUUUUCGUCAAGUUUUGCACCGCCAUAGAUGUGUUAACCCCAUCUCAAGCACUCUUACAGGGACAAACUCUAACCUCCCCUGGCAACGUCUUUGAGCUCGGCUUUGUGAGUUUUAAUAACUCUAGCCUUUAUUACGUAGGAAUUUGGCACAAGAAUAUUGUCCCUCGCAGAGUUUUAUGGGUGGCCAACAGAGAGAAGCCCCUCACUGACUCAUUGUCCUCAAGUCUAAUGAUAGCAGGUGAUGGAAAUCUGAAGCUCAUGAAUGGCAUGCAAGACAUUGUCUGGUCAACCAAGGUUCCUAUCCAAUCAAAUAAUUCGGUUGCGGUGCUUUUGGAUAGUGGGAAUUUUGUUCUGAAGGAUAACUCAUCGGGACAGAUCUUAUGGGAGAGCUUUAGCCAUCCUGGUGAUACUAUUUGGACCGGUAUGAUGAUAGGGAUGAAUGUUAAAACCGGUGAGAAACGAUUCCUGAUUUCCUCGAAAAGUAAGGACGACCCAUCGCCUGGUAGUUUUGUUGGUGGAACUGGAGCACAGAGUAGUCCGAUAAUAGAAGCUUUUAUUUGGAGUGGAACCCGACCGUAUUUGAGAAGUGGGCAAUGGAAUGGGAUAAAGUUCCUAGGGAUGCCACAUAUGUCUGCAGUAUAUACUAAUGGAAUUAGCAUUGUAUCGGAUAGUCAAGAGGGUAGUCAGUAUGUUGCUCUCAAUUUUUUCAACACCUCUCUCAUUAAAGUCGUGUUCCUUUCACCAGAAGGAUAUCUGCAGCUAAUUAUUUGGGAUGAAGGAGAGAAAGAAUGGAGAGUUCAAUUACAGGAACCGGAGAGCCAAUGUGACAUUUACGGAGCUUGCGGUCCUAAUGGAAUUUGUAAUAAAGAUAAGUCUCCAAUUUGUAGGUGUUUGGAAGGGUUUGAACCAAGCUCAAGUGAAGAGUGGAGCAGAGGGAACUGGACGAAUGGAUGUGUAAGACGAGUUGAACUUAAUUGUGACAAGAACAUAAGCUUAUUAGCCUCAAGCCGGAAUAAAACUGAUGGAUUUUUGAAAUUGAGUGGGCUGAAACUGCCAGCUCAUUCCCAGUAUCUGAAAUUUGAAGUGGAUACAGAAGCUUGCAAAUUCUCGUGCUCGAACAACUGCUCUUGCGUGGCAUUUGCGUCUGUGACAGGAAUCGGGUGUAUGCUUUGGACUGAAGAUCUUAUGGAUGUUCAGGCCUUCUCAUCUACAGGAGAGGAUCUCUUCGUUCGUGUUGCACAUGCAGAACUAGGUAAGGAGAAGCACAAAUCGAAGGUAAUCUUCCCUGUUGCAGCUAGUUGUACUUUGAUCGUCUUGAGUACAUUAUUAGUGUAUGGUUUCUUCAGGUAUAGAGCUAACCACAAAGGGGAAAGCAGAGAAGCUUUGCAUGAAUCUGAUUCUGCUGAUGCAACUAACCCUUUGAGAGACACUCGAAAAGGAAUAGCAGGGAGCAACAUCAUAAAACAAAAAGAUUCGUUGAUAUUUGAUUUCAACCACGUAGUUGUUGCUACCGACAACUUUAGCCUAACGAACAAGCUUGGCGAAGGGGGAUUUGGACCUGUUUAUAAGGGAAAGCUGCAGAAUGGAAAGGAAAUAGCCGUGAAGAGACUUUCUAGUCACUCAGGACAGGGCAUGGAGGAAUUCAAGAACGAGAUUGUGUUUAUUUCCAAACUCCAACAUAGGAAUCUUGUUAAGCUUUUGGGUUGCUGUGUUGAAGGGGAGGAAAAACUGUUGAUCUAUGAGUACAUGCCGAACAAGAGCCUGGACACAUUUCUCUUUGAUCCAACAAGAAAAACACAGCUAGUUUGGGCUAAGCGCUUCAGCAUUAUUCAGGGUAUUGCCAGAGGGCUUGUUUAUCUCCAUCGUGAUUCCUUUCUAAGGGUCAUUCACCGUGAUCUGAAGGCUAGCAAUGUUCUUUUGGAUGAAGACAUGAACCCAAAAAUUUCAGACUUCGGAUUGGCUAGAACUUUCCAAAAGACUCAAGAGCUAGCAAAUACUCGCAGAGUAGUGGGAACAUUGGGCUAUAUGUCUCCUGAGUACGUCAUAGGAGGGAGGUUUUCAGAGAAAUCUGACGUCUUCAGCUUCGGGGUCUUGCUACUCGAGAUUGUCAGCGGCGAGAAAAAUUCAGGCUUCCAGAAUGAUGAACACCAAAACCUUCUUGGUUAUGCUUGGCGGUUGUGGUGUGAAGGUAGAGUGCUUAACUUGGUUGAUCAAGCCUUAGGGGACUCAUUCUGCAAUGUAGAAGUAAUGCGAUGCAUACACGUUGGGCUUCUCUGCGUCCAGGAAAAUCCUGCAGACAGGCCUAGCACGCCAGCCGUGAUUCUCCAGCUUACCAGUGGAACGAGCCUUCCACAACCAAAGCAACCUGCAUUUGCUUUUGACAAUUCACGGUACUCCUCUCAUAGAUCAAAUUCUAAUAGCUAUAUAGGCUCCGUGAACGAGGUCACAUUGUCAGCGACUGAAGGUCGAUAAUUGAUGAUGAACGGAUUGUUUCUAUUUUUCUUUUUAUUUACAGAAUUAGCAACUCCUAUUUUAAAA